ACGACUCAUGAAGAUUUAAUCAUACGCAGUAUGUAAUCUAUAACCAUGGAGACUAGUAUCUAUAUUAUGUCCGUUCUCAUUCUAUCAAUUCUCGUGAUCUACAAAUAUCUAACGAGAAACAAUGGAUACUGGAAGUCCCAAGGGAUAUCUGAAGGAGAAGGUGCACUGCUCGGAUUCGGCCACGCACUUGAUCAAGUGUUAUCAAUAAAAAAUACAGCAAUGCUGAUUGAGAGCUUCCACAAAGCUCAUCCACACGACAGCAUGAUUGGAAUCUACAUCGGUCCAACGCCUGUUCUGAUAUUGAGAGACCCAGAAUUGAUCAAGUUCGUGCUGACCACUGGAUUUUCAAACUUCAGUGAAAAUCUUACUCUGAAUGAAGAGCUGGAUCCACUCAUGUCCCACGACCCUUUCUUCCAGAAUGGAAAAAAGUGGAAGAAUUCUCGUGGAAUUUUCCUCACCGCUUUUUCAUCAAAAAAAUUGAGGGACAUGAUUCCAGCGAUCAAUGCCACUUGUCAAAAGAUGGUCAAAUAUUUGAAAGGACAGAGUACGAAGUCUAUCGAAAUUGAAGUCAAGGAUUUGUUCUCAAAAUAUACAUUGGGUGUGGCUGCGAGUGUCAUCUUCAGUAUCGAAGACGACACCUUCGAUGAUAAAAUCGAGAGACAUUCCCUCCGAAAAAUGAUGGAUGCAAUAUUUUCAACAAAAAGGGGACUGAGCUUUAAGAAAAAUCUGAUGCUCUUGUUUCCUGCUUCUAGUAGAUUUUUCACAAACCGAUAUUUGCCAGAGUGGGUCAAUACUUUCUUCAUGCAGAUGGUGGAUGACAUCAAGUCGAUGAGGACCGACGAAAAAAUGGUGAGAACCGAUAUUCUCGAACACAUCUCUGAUUAUUUGAGGAAUAAAAGUUUGAGUGAGGAUGAGUUGGCAGGUCAUGCCUUUGGAUUUCUCCUGGAGAUGUACGAAACGUCAAGCUUGACUCUAAGCCACAUGUGCUAUUUCGUAGCUAAAUAUCCGAGAAUCCAGGAGAAGAUGAGGAAUGAGGUGGACGAUGUGAUUGGAAAACAUGGGACCAUCUCUUAUGAAGCAAUCAACGACAUGACCUAUGUUGAACAGGUUUUGAGAGAAACUCUGAGGUUUUUUCCACCGAUUGGUAGCAUGAUGAGAAUCUGUUGUAAACCAGUGAAUUUGAAAGGACCAGAUGGUCUCUCUUGUAAUCUUAAACUUGGGGAUCAGUUGAGAAUUUCAGUUUCCGGUCUGCAUAUGGACCCUCUGCACUGGCAGAACCCAGAAGCAUUCAUUCCAGAAAGAUUUGGAAAUGAUAAUGAAGAUCAGAGGAAAAAGUUCGUGUACUUACCCUUUGGAGAAGGUCCACGCAGCUGUCCUGGGAUCAGAAUGACUGGUUUGCAGAUCAAAACUGUCAUGGCCGCUGUUCUGAGGGAUUUCUUCAUUGAAAAAUCUGACAGGAUGGAGGAACCGAUUAAAGUCGAUUCGAAGCAUUUCGUUACGGCGAUUGACGGAGGUGUCUGGGUUCAAUUGAAAUCGAGAUAUUAAAACUGAUUGCACAGUAAUCAUAACCCUUUAUUUAAUCACUUGUUCGAAACUCGUGUUUAUAGAAUCUGCGCACUGAAAUUUUUGAAACACGGAUUUUUUAUUCACUGUACAAUUCGCGAAUUGAGCACUCAAUCCAAGAGACGAAUAACAUAGAGGAACAAACUGA